AUGCCCCUCGGUUUGCAGAGAGACACGAACAAUCCGGAUACAAAGUCUUGUCGCCGGGCCGGGCUGAGCAGGGUUGACUGGGCAGAAGAUCAUAUCAUCGCGGCGCUCGAAUCGCUCUCGGGUCCAACAUCCUGUCCGAUUUGCCGGUUUACUUCCAUUCUCUGGACUCUGGAGUCUGCCAUCGCGUGUCUCCCGUCCAAUGUCUCGUUCUCCUCGAACUUUCCCCUCCUUCUCUCCGCGGACCUUGGACCCAUCAUUCCUUCAGUCCCAGGUCAUUGA